AUGAAGGGGAACCCCAGCUCCCUGGACACCCUGCUGUGGGUCUACCAUUUCCACAGCUCUACCGAGGUGGCCCUCCAGCCCCCGCUUCUGUCUUCUCUGGAACUCUCUCUGACUGCGGCCCAUGAGUAUCUGGAGCAGAGAUUUGGAGAGCUCAAGUUCCUGGACCUGCGGGAGCCGCAAAGGCCGCCCAUCCCGGAGCCCACUCUGGGGCUGGUGCUAAGAGAAGCCGCGGCCAGCAUCUUGAGUUUCGGGGCCACCUUAUUGGAGAUCUCAGCCCUGUGGCUGCAGCGGGAGGCGCGGCGACUACACGCCGGCGACGGCAGCCCAGGCCCAGCCUCCGACGCCGGAGAUCCCGGUCGAGCGCUGGCCCGUGUCGCCCAGGUCGCGGGGCAGGGGGCUCGACAAGCGGGGGCUGCAGCUGGUGCGAGCACCCGACUCCUCCUUCAGGGCGCAUGGCUAUGCCUGUCUGGACGGGGUCUUCAGGGGUCAGCCUCAUUCCUGCAACAGUGGCAACGCCAGCUGGGCCUCGGACCCCCAGAGGAACCGAGCUGCCUAGGAGACCUCAAGGUGGCGUCCAGCAGCAGCGCAGAGGGCGCGGGAGCGGAUGUGUCACCAUUCGCCCAGCCCCGGCCCACGCGCAAAUAA